ACUACUACUACUACUACUACUACUGUACAGCAAAAGCUCCUGAGCACUCCGAGCAACCCGAGCACCGAGCACCGCGCAGAAAAGGGAUUCUAUUCCACACACACCCCCAAAAAGCAACAAUGGGACUCUUCGGCCGCGACGACAAUGAAAAGGCCACCGACGUCUCGCCCGGGCCGGAUUUCACGGUCGACGCUGGCGCGCGCAAUAAUGACUUCGAGGAAGGCUCCGUCUCCGACAACGCAGACCAGCUGCAGCGGCACCUCGCCAAUCGCCAGAUCCAACUUAUCGCCAUUGGGGGAUCGAUUGGAACGGCGCUCUUCGUGAGCAUCGGAACGGGACUCUACAAUGGCGGUGCCGGCAACCUUUUGCUAGCGUACACCAUUCAAAGCUGCGUCCUGGCCAUGGUCAACAACUGCAUCGCAGAGAUGAGCACCGCCUACCCCGUCAGUGGUGGCUUCAUUCGCUUGGCCGGCCACUGGGUGGACGAUGCUCUUGGUUUCAUGGUGGGCUGGAACUUCUUCUUUUACGAGGCUCUUCUCAUUCCGUUCGAGAUUUCCGCCUUCACUCUGGUCCUGUCCUUCUGGAGCGAAGAUGUUACGAAGCCUGGCGCCGUUGCCGGUGUCGUGGCCGGUGUUAUCAUCUGCUAUGCCGCGAUCAAUAUCCUGGCUGUUCGAGCAUAUGGUGAAGCCGAAUUCUGGCUGUCGGGCGGCAAGGUCAUCCUGAUCUUCGCCCUUUUCUUCUUCACCUUCAUCACCAUGGUCGGAGGGAACCCGCGCGGUGACGCCUACGGGUUUCGAAAUUUCGACAACGGCGCGGCUUUUCGCGAAUACAUCGCCACUGGGAACCUGGGACGCUUCGAAGGCUUUCUGGCCGCCCUGUCGUCUGCCUUGUUCACCGUCGUCGGGCCCGAGUAUAUCUCCAUGGUCGCCGCCGAGGCCAAACGCCCACGAGUCUAUAUCAAAGCCGCCUUCAAGAUGGUGUACCUGCGGUUCGGCAUCUUCUUCAUCGGCGGAGCCCUGGCCGUGGGCAUCGUUUGUAACUCCCGAGACCCGAAACUGGCGGAUGUCGUGCUGGGUGGAAGUUCGGGUUCGGCCGCCGCGUCGCCGUAUGUGAUUGCCAUGCAGAACAUGGGCAUCGACGUCUUUCCGUCUAUUGUCAACGCACUUAUGCUGACAUCGAUCUUCUCUGCUGGGAACACGUACACGUACUGCGCCGUUCGAAACUUGUACGGCCUCUCGCUCGAAGGGAGGGCUCCAAAGUUCCUCAGAAAAUGUACCCGCAGCGGUGUACCGAUCUACUGCUUUUGCGUGGUCAUGAUCUUCCCAAUACUCUCAUUCUUGUCGGUUUCCAACGACUCGUCGGUCGUGAUCGGAUGGUUUGCUAGCCUGGUGACUGCUGGCGGACUCAUCGACUACCUCGUCAUGUGCGUGACGUACAUCUUCUUCUACCGCGCGUGCAAAGCGCAGGGCGUGGACCGCAGCAAACUGCCCUACACGGGCUGGUUCCAACCGUACUGCGCCUACGUGGCGGCCGUGUGGCUGUUCGUGGUGACCUGCAUGUACGGGUACACGUGCUACCUGCCGUGGUCGGUGUCGAGCUUCUUCUCGCAAUACUCGAUGCAGCUUUUCAUCCCGCCCUUGUUUGUCAUCUGGAAGCUGUUGAAGAGGACGAAGAUGGUCAAGCCCCACGAGGCCGAUCUCGUGUGGCAGAGGCCCAUCAUCGACGCUUACGAGGCCACGUUCAUCGACCCGCCCAGCGGCUUUUGGAAGGAGAUGGUCCAAUUGGUCGGGUUCAAGAGGACCAAGGGAGGUCAGGAUAGGCGACGACGGGGGAGUAGUGUUGUCGUCGUGUAGUCGGAGCCACUCUGGGUCAUCACAUUUCACGAGCAUUGCACCCUUUCUAAGUUUCUUGGAGCGGAG